AAGAAAUUAAGGUCUGUCUUUAGUAAAGUGAUUUCAUUACUAGAAAUGUCUUCAAAUGAAUCACCAAGUGUUGAGGAUUUUAAAAGAGCUAAAGUCAGCACAAUGACAAGUAUUGAAUCUCUUUUGCUUGAAGUUCCAGUAGAAGGUAUAGUUAAUGAGAUAUCUCAACUGGCAGUAAAUGCUACACAGAGCAUUGUGAAAUUGGCUAGUGAUGUUCAUUCGAUAAAUGAUAUUCAUAAUCUAAAGUUUACAGUCAAAGAUGGUAUUCUUGAAGAUGUUAACAGUGACUCAUCUGUUUUACAGUCAGUAGAAGAACACAUAUCAGAAGCUGAACUUCAGUACAUUUCAAUAUCUCAAAGUUGCCUUGGAUUUAGAAAAGAAGCCAACGAGGAGUCCCUCAAAUACGAGUCCCUCCUAACGGAAUGUGCUCAACUAAUCAACGAACGAAACACUGACGACUCAAAAAGACUCCUCAUUGAUCAGUGUCUCUGUUUAGAGAUUGACAUUGCUGUUUAUGAGUCAUCAAUAGAGACAAUAACUUCAGUAACACAAGAUCUUCUUGAGGCACAGUCUCAAAAUGAAACUAAUGCCACUCUUUUGAAAAGCAAAGCUGAUAGACUAGUAGAGAAUGAUAUGCUAGUUGCUUCAAAAGAGGAUACUAUUAGAAGAAUCGUUUCACAGAACUCAGCAGCCAAGACUGGUACUCAGAAGCAAAAGGCUGAGCACAGAGAAUACAUAGUGAAGAAAGUUUGCUCUAGUAGAAGUGAUAUUGAGGGAGUCCUGUCUUUCCUUAUGGCAGGAGAUGGAAGAGUCACAGAGAAAAUUCCUUUGUCAUUAUUAUCAAAAACAUUUAG